ACAAUGGGAGGAAAGCCCGUGAAAAGAGCCAGGGUGUCCUGGCGCGAUGUAAGAGUUACCUACAUCGAUCCGCGCCAUCUUAUCGACACUAGAUGUAGAUGAGGAUGAGCUAUGCCAACAGAACGGGCUCUAUAACCUUGUUGCAAUUCUUUAACCAUAAGUGUGCCAUAACCUCAAAAUUUGAUAAAAUGUCAAAUACCUUGUUUUUGUAGCUGAAUUAAAACAAAACUAUUUUUCUAAAACAUGCGAGGAAAUACGAAAAGUACCUAAUGAAAAACCAUCCUCAUAGUGAUACUGUAUUUGAUAUUUUACUGUGGUAGGCAAAUUAUAAUGCGUCGUCUUUUAGAAUAAAAAUUGAAAUUGUGGACACUUCCAUCAGCUCCACUCAGCUUUUUAGAUACAGGAAGUGAGACGAAUAAAAAAUCUAAACUUGAAAUAGAAAUUAUGCAAGAAAAGAAACGAAAGGUACCUAGUCAUUCUUCCAUAGAAACUGAAUAUGUGCAAAAAAGUCAUCUUGUGUUUGCCAUUCACUCUGACAGAAUGUCAACUAAAAUGGUGGACACAUCUGUUAUCACAAAAAAAUCAGUAGGCGAUAAAAGAACUGAAAAUGUGGUGAAUGAACAAUAUAAACUAGAGAUAGUAAAUAGCCAAGAUUCUGAAGGCUAUGACAGUGAUGCAACAACAAAUUCUGAUGUGGUGCUGGAAAGGAUGAUGAGUGUCAUGAAUGAAGAGCUGAAUCAUCAAAAUAUGAGCAUAAAUAGAACAGCUGUGGGUACAUGCAAUGAUACGGAUAUUAUGGAUGAGCAUGAGGUUGAGGUCAAAACAGAAGUAGCAGACAUAAAUGUAAAUAGGUGUAACGGCGACGGUUUGAGUUUCCAACAACAGGAAGUCAAGAUGGAGGAUAAAGUUGAUUUUCUUCUAACUAGCAUCAAUAGAACUAUUAAGAUUGAGGCUGAUGAUGAAGUAACAGUUAAAGUUGAACCUGAUGAUGAAUAUAAUGGUACUAGCUCUCAAAAGUUGACUCAAGAAAUCAAGAUUGAGAAAGAGGAUGAUGGAUUUGAUGAAAUGACCAAUUUCAUCAAAACUAUCAAGGUUGAAGAUGAUGGAGAAGUUAAAGUCAAAACAGAAGUAGCGGACGAUGAUCUAUGGGAUGAAGUUCCAGGCAGUGCACCAAAGAAUCCUGUUUAUGAAGAAAAUGCUGUUUCAUCAUACUUACAUGCUGUAGCAAUGAGUAGACAUACAACUGUCAAGAAAAAGUCACUGGAAGCAUCUAACUUCGAACGCGGCGAAUGCACAACUUUUUAUCCACUGGAAGUUAGCAAUGAUAGAAACGUUGAACAUCUCACGGAUAGUGACAAGCCGAAAAUUUGUUUGGAAAAUGAAUAUGGCUCGCAUACAAAAUCUCAGUGUACCUCUUCGAAAAUGUCGGGAAAAGAAGUGUCUGUUUGCAGAUACUGCAAUAUAACUCUUCCUAAUAAGCUUUGUUUGGACGUUCAUUUGUCCCUGUGCAGCAGAAGUCAAACAUUUAAAUGUUUGGAGUGUACAUAUGAAACGUCUGCGCAACAGAAAUUAAGAAUUCAUACUAGGGCAAAACAUGCUACAUUCAUGUGUAGAUACUGUAAUGUCACAUUUCCUAAUAAGAAUUGUCUGAUUGAUCACAUGGAUAAGUGCAGUUUCAUUGUUUCAGGUGAAACAUUUAAAUGUUCAAAGUGUGCAUUCGAAGCUUCUGUCAGAGUUGAUUUGACGUGGCAUAUGAGGACAACACAUGUAACAUUCGUGUGUAAAUACUGUAAUGUCACAUUUCCUAAUAAGGACUCCCUAAGUGAUCAUAUGACUGUGUGCGGUAAAACGUUCAAAUGUUCAAAGUGUACAUAUAAAUCUCCCAUAAAACGUAAUCUUACGAGACAUAUGAUGAGAAAACAUGACAAGACGUUUAAAUGUUCAAAGUGUGCGUAUAAAACUACCACGAAACAAAAUUUAACAAGACAUAUUAGGAGAGAACAUGUGACGUUUGAAUGUUCAAUUUGCAUAUAUAAAACUCGCGCAAAAAGGAAUUUCACGAAACAUAUUAAGAUAAAACAUCCGACACUCAUUUGAUAUUGUGAUGUCACAUUUCCUCCUGAGGAUGGCCUAAUUCAUUAUAUGACCAAAUGCAGACUCAAAAUUCAGGAAAGAAAUAAAAAAGGUUGACUCUGCACUUGCUACGCAACGCCGUCAUCAGUUCAUAAAAGAUCAAGUUAAACGCAAUUUAAAUCCUCCGAGAAAAAGUGAGCUAUGAACCUGUACAACAAGGAAAUUAAACGGAUUAAGUCAGUUAAACAGGUCUAUUCAAUUAGUCCAUAAACAUUCUUUUCCUGUCCUACCGGUGGUUUCUGACCAUAUGGUAACGUUGUCCGUUUCCACAUCUGUGCGUCUGCGCUCGAUGCAGCGAGUUAUCGUUCAAUUCGUGCAUAUGUUCUUUGCGCUGCAGUCCAGUAUCCGUGUUACGUACUGUAUGAGUUUUUUUUCUAUACCGAUUCUCCAAUCUACUGGUAAUGCUUUCCGGCAUCAUCGCCGUACUAUACCGCUCUUGAUGGACGUUGGCGUAAUUGUGGUUGCCUAAGCGUCAAUAUUGCAAGGUUGUCUUACCGUUAUACGGUAUUAAUAAUUCAAGUUAGAAAAAUAACACGAUUCCUGUCAUAUUUUCUCCAAUGAGAACCGGUUCUUCAAAUCGGUAGUAAACUCUAUCCACGUUGAUCUUCAUGAUUUAAGCAAACUCUUUAAAAUUCGACUUGCAUUAAUGUUUGAAGCAUAAGUUUCAUUCAAAUUUAUAGAAAUCUAUAAAUUUGUAACAUGAACUUUAUUUUAGACGUGAAUUUGAUUUACAAAAUUGCUGAUUUAUUUUUUAUACCUAUGGUGUCAUAUUCACUGGAAUGGCUAGAGUGACUGUAUAAACUGGGAAUUGAUCCUCAUGUACUAUGUGUAUAAAAUAAUUGUGUAUAAAAUUAACAGUUUGUAGAUGUACAUUUCCCGAUUUGGACACAAUUAAAGUGUUCCAUCAGAAGA